CGUUGGCUCGCUUCGAGAAGAAGAAAGCAGAAGCGGCCCAAAAAUCGGUUGUCCAAGAGCUCGGGGGUGGCUCGGAUUCCGCCGCUUCACCGGCGGGGGUCGAGACGACUGCGGCUAAGAAAGCUAAAGUUGUUCUUCCCUCCGCCUCUGUCCCUGCCAAGUCGUCGGGUCCUUCUUCCCACAAGAGGUCUCACGAUCAGAGGGAUAAGGCGUCGGCCUCCGAUUCUUCGAAGCGCCAGAAGGGGAAGGAGUCGACAGCUGAGGUCGACACGGUUCCGCCCCCGACUGGAGGGAACGUGGGGCAGCC